AUGGCAUUUCAAGCAGCAGUUAUGCUGAAGAUUCCACCAUACUGGAUGCAUGAUCCCAUAUUGUGGUUUCAUCAUAUCGCGGCCCAGUUUUCUUCGAACUGGAUAGUUAACGAUGUGGCUCGCCUUACACACAUGACCGGUUCACUAUCAUCAGAGAUCAUGAAUGUGAUCCGAGAUCUCAUUUUAGCACCACCCGGUUCCACAUCAUAUGACACGUUCAAAACCACCCUUAUCAAUAAGACUUCGAAGUCCCAACAAAAGCGUCUUCACCAGCUCCUUACAUUGGAAGAAUUAGGAGAUAGAAUGCCCUUCCAGCUUCAACGGAGAAUGAAGCAGCUUCUGGGAGAAAUGACCCUCCACCAAAAAAUCUUUAAGCAGCUUUUUCUCCAGCGCCUGCCCUCCAACACACAGGUAAUCCUGGCUUCCACCAGAGAAUCCACUUCUGUUGAGGAACUGGCUGAGCUUGCAGACAAACUUGCCGAGGUACCACAUAAAUAUUUAUCGACUGUGACGCCAGCCAUUCCUUCUACAAAUCCUUUCCUUUCUUUGACCAGUGCUUCCAAAAUUUCGGACUUGUGCUCAUUGAUGAUGCAGCAGGCAUCACAGAUACAAGCCCUGACAGCGUAG